AUGGCGAAUUCAUCCCAAAAAAUCGUAUACAAGCUGGUAUUAACCGGAGGACCUUGCGGCGGUAAAACCACGGGACAAUCCCGUCUCAGCACUUUCUUCGAAAACUUGGGAUGGAAGGUGUUCCGGGUGCCGGAAACGGCUACCGUCCUCCUAAGUGGCGGCAUAAAGUUUGUAGAUCUCAGCCCAGAUGAAGCGAUGAAGUUCCAGGAGAAUCUACUCAAGACUAUGAUACAGAUUGAGAACACUUUCUUCGAGUUGGGCAGAACUUGUCAGAGGAACUGCCUCAUCAUAUGCGAUAGAGGGGCCAUGGACGCUAGUGCAUUUAUAUCAAAGGAGAAAUGGGAAGCCAUGAUGAACGCUAAUAACUGGAACAGUGUAGAACUGCGUGACAACAGAUACAACCACAUAGUACACAUGGUCUCAGCCGCUAACGGAGCUGAAGACUUCUACUCCACGGAGGAGCACGCGUGUAGAUCAGAAGGUGUGGAGCUGGCGAGGGAAUUGGAUUACAACGCAGCGGCCGCUUGGAUCGGUCACCCGUACUUCGAUGUCAUUGACAAUUCCACCGACUUCGACAAAAAGAUGAACCGUCUUCUGGCUUGCGUGUGUCAGCGGGUCGGCCUGGACACCGGCGAUCGAUUGAAUGUUAACUCCAAGAAGCGCAAGUUCCUUGUAAAGCCGCCGUUGUUGCCAGACGCAGAAUUCCCUCCCUUCCAGGACUUUGACGUGGUCCACAACUAUCUACAGAGCGACGUGCGUAAGGCUCAAGUCAGGCUGAGAAAACGCGGUCAGAAAGGCCACUGGUCUUAUAUACACACUGUACGCAAAUUCCAUCCAACCAACGGCCAGUCUGUGGAGGUACGAACUCAGUUGACACACCGAGACUAUCUCAAUAUGCUGCCUCAAAGAGACGACGCUCAUUUCACCAUCUUCAAGAAGAGACGUUGUUUCAUAUACAACAAUCAGUACUACCAGCUAGAUAUAUACCGACAACCAACACAUCCAAGGUGUCGCGGCCUAGUACUUCUGGAGACCUACAGCGGUAUGUACGAUCAAGAUGCUCUGUUGGCAUCUCUGCCAAAGUUCCUUACUAUCGAGAAAGAAGUGACCGGUGACCCUGCAUACUCCAUGUAUAAUUUGUCCCUCAAAGAAGAUUGGAAGACCUCCACUAAAUACUACUCCGGCUCUGACGGAAACGGGCAAACGAAAUGUAUGAAUGGUCACAGUACAGAAAAAACUAACGGCCAUGUUAGAAACGGUCAUACUGAGAAAAUUAACGGUCACGAUGCGAAAAUUAACGGUCACGGGGCGAAGGUCAUAGGUCACACGUACAGCAAGAUAUCGAGCAUAGGCGGGGACAGGAACGGAUAUCAUAAGGAGAAUGGCUUUGGACACAUGAAUGGUGACGUCACUGAAGCUGACUAUAACAUGAAGAACACCAAGAGAUCACCAAAGAUACACAAGAAAGAUGCUGUUAAAGUAUAG